GAGCCUCCGAGACCUCAAACGAGGACACGCAACCAAGAGGCGGUGCGCCGGCAAAACCGAAAUCCACUCCGCAAUAUCCGAGCUGCGCUCUGGGGCCACAACCCACCAAGUCCCGGCUCGAAUUCCUAGAAUGUUCUUGUUCGUGUUACUCACCUGCGACCUAUGCUAGAGCCGACCUCGCAUCUCCUUGCACGAGUGCCCGUCGGGCAUGGCGCCAUGUCUGCAUCUGCGGUGGCGGGCUGGAUCGGACUGAUCUGGUAUCUCACCGUGUUGCUGGUGUGUGCUCUGGGCUACGUUCAGAUAUGGAGAUAUUUUUCGCGACAGCCGCGCCGCUCCCGGUUGGCCUCCGCCGCGGACGCUCCCCAUGUCACUGCCAUUCGACCUGUGAAGGGCCUCGAGCCUCAUCUCUACGACUGCCUCGCCGCUACAUUUCGUCAAGACUACCCGCGCGACAAGCUGACGAUUUGCCUGUGUGUGUCUACGCGUGAUGACCCGGCCCACCCGACCCUCCGCAAGCUGAUCGCCGAUUUCCCCGACGUUGAUGCGCGAUUGUACGUGGAAGAUGACGAUCCGUUGUUGCAGGGUGGCGGCCCCGAUUCAUACGCGCUUGGUCCAAACCCCAAAAUCCGAAACAUGAGCCGGGCAUACCGCGAAGCCAAAGGGGAUAUCAUUUGGAUCAUUGAUUGCAAUGUCUGGGUUGGAAAGGGAGUGUGUGCCCGCAUGGUGGACAGGCUCUGUGGAUCAGGGACGACACCCGGCAAGAAGUACAAGUUCGUGCAUCAUCUGCCUGUAGCUGUCGACGUGACGGGCGAGAGCAACCGGCAAGCAGAGCGCCAGGCCCUCUUGGACGACAAUCCUGAAGCUACGGUUCCCAGGGAAGCAGACUUCUCGUUGACAUCCAACCGCCCGGAAGACGGUCUGGCAAACAUGCUUGCUCAUGGGGGAGGACGUCUUGAAGAGCUGUUCCUUUCCUCGUCCCACGCAAAGAUGUACACUGCCAUCAACACGGUUCUCAUCGCCCCUUGUAUCGUAGGAAAGUCCAACAUGUUCCGUCGUUCCCACUUGGACUCCCUCACGGCUCCACCUCCAGGCGAACCCAAUCCACGCCUUCCCGGGAUCGAUUUCUUCUCCGAUAACAUCUGCGAGGACCACUUGAUUGGCGAUCUUUUAUGGAGGAAGAAAGUACCCGAAGAGAAGGUAUCCGGCGAGCGCUGGGGCAAACAUGCUAUGGUCUUUGGGGAUCUGGCCAUCCAGCCCGUGGCCAACAUGAGCGUGCGAGGGUACAUUGCGCGUCGUGUACGGUGGCUCCGUGUUCGCAAGUUUACCGUUCUUCUGGCAACCCUCGUUGAGCCCGGUACAGAGUCCUUUGUGUGCUCCAUUUACGGUGCUUGGGGUGUCACCACUGCCUUGGCGCCAUACCUUGAACAAAAGGGCGUGUCUUUCGCCUCCACUCUCGCAACUUGGACUUCCUUCCUUGCAUUGUUUGUGCUCAGCAUGGCGUUCUGGAUCCUUAUCGACUGGACAUUGUAUAUCAAACUGCAUUCGGCAAAAGCUAUUGAGCUUGAAGAAGACACCCCGAUCUUCGCUCGGCCCACUCGUCGUUCAUUGUCUCAGACCACGCGCCGCCCCUUCCAACAGUGGUUCACGGCAUGGUUGGGUCGCGAACUUUUGGCCCUCCCCAUUUGGCUCUCGGCUGUCUACGGCGGCGUAACAGUUGUAUGGCGAGACCGACGGUUCAAGGUCGGCUUUGAUGCCAAGGUUCGGGAGAUUGACCCCGAGAAUACCGAAGGCUCGUACUCCACUGGCUCUGUGGUGGACUGGUUUCCUGUGACACCACAGAAUACUAACAGGAAGUUAGAUAAAGUGCGGCGUGAUUGA